AUGCGCCUCCUAUCCUGCUUGUUUUGCUCUGGAGCGCAGCGAAGGAGAUCAGGAGAGGAUUCUUUGUACCGUGAACAAAAUGUUCGCCCAGUGCAGAUGUCGGCAGGAGAGGCGACGACUGGGGCUCGUGGCAUGCUGCCUCCACCCCCGGAAGCAGCAGAAACAGGAAUGCACAACCUGGACAAUACUUCAUGUGUUACAAAUGCCCACAAUCUUCCGGGCAAUCCCGAUAAACCAGCUGACGCCUUUGGGGGAAGCCCUUCUUCCGCGCCUCCCACAGCGACAUUAGCCUCGCAGCUCGUAAAUGGCCUGACGUUCAGCACACGAGUUCUCGGAAUCGGGUCAUACGGAAUCGUAGUACAAGGCCCAAGCACACCGUCACACACCCUCCUUUCAACAACCUUCUUGAUGCCCCGCAAUGCAGCUGAUCGACCAACUGACAACGGCAAAAUCCUUCCUCCCACCACCGCAGGAUCGUUCGACGGCCUCGACGUGGCCGUGAAGUUCAUGGUCUCGAGCCGCCGUACAGGCCGCGCUGCCGUACAUGAGAUGACCCUUGGCGCCAUGCCCGCCCUCAGCCACCCCCAUAUUUGCAAGUCGUACGACACACGCAGUGCUGUAAUGACCGACGCGCUGUUUGAUGAGCUGGAAUCGCAUCGCAAGUGGCAGCAGCGGCGGCUGCAGCGGCAACGCCAGAUGCUACAACAGCAGCAGCCAUGCGUGACGCUGACGACGGCGGCGCCACCAGGCACCGACGGCGACGGCGCCGCCGCCGCAGCCGCCGUAGACAGUACCCUGCUGCAGUCGGAAGAGGACGUGAUCCGGCGGCAGACACAACAGCCGUCCCUCUCGCGGGUGCCGCUUAAUCCGGACGGCGAGCGUGUACUGCAGUUUUACAAAUACCGGGACGGUGUGUACGACAAUCCCGUACAUCCCCCCGAUCGAUUGCGUCCCCUGGAGUCCAACGCGCCCCUUGCCGUACUGCACGAGAUUCUGUUUCGGCUAGGUGCAACUGUGGGUCAUUCCGUAACGCUCAUCAUUAUGGAGCUCUGCGGGAAAGGCACCCUUUCCCGGGCCAUCCAUCGCGGUAUCUUCGCGCCUUGUGAGCUUUGGAACGCACGCGUGGCGCAACGCGCACUAAUCCGUACGGCAGCAGAAAUUGCACGUGCACUGCUGCACCUUCACAAGUCGGGUGUCGUACACGGUGACAUGAAGCCGGGCAAUGUACUGCUCAAGUCAUCCAGGGGAGACCGCCGAGGCUUCAUUGCGAAGAUCGGCGACUUUGGUUUGAGCCAUCUGCUGCCAGCUGGGGAGAAAUCCUUGGAUACGGACACGUGGGGUACCCCGUCGUACAUGGCUCCGGAGGCACUGCUGGGGCACGCCAGUACGGCAUCAGACGUUUGGAGCUUUGGCGUCAUGUUGUCGGAAGCGCUGACGAAGCAACUGCCGUACGGCGGGUCUAUCGAGCCAGCCCGACUGGUGGUUGGGAUCCUCGACGGCUCCCUGGAGCUGGCUUGGCCCGCCGUACGCAUCGACGGCCUUGAUAUGUACGACGUCUCCAACGGCAGCGGCGGUCCCUCUACCGUGCCUGCGGGUGCGGCAGCUCGACUUGCACGACAGUACGGACUGGUUUUCCCCGCCACAACCUUACGGAACGCCAUCGCGACCGGUGGCGGAACCGCCGCCAGCAGCAUCAUGGGCACGUCUGGCUCGACAGAGUGCGGGAACACCAGCGGUAUGACACCCUUCAUUGCCACCGUCACCUCCGUCGCCACCACGACGAUGCUGGGGAUCAUGACGGGAACCGACGAGAUGGCCCAUGUAGCCGGUGCCGCCUCCGCUGCCAGCGCCAGCAACGGCAGCGCCUCCGCUGCGACUGCCGAGGAGGAGGCCGAUCGUAUCUUGGCCUGUCUCGUACACCUCGGCCGCCGCUGCACGAGCCGGGACCCCGUAGACAGGCCGUGCUUCUCCGAAAUCUUGGGGGAACUGAUCGACAUGGAAAUCGUCCUCAAGACCUCUAGACCGAUGCGGAGUGGCGGCGGCGGCAGCGGCAGCGGCGGCGGCGGCAGCAGUAGCAAAAGCGACGCGCGAGAGGUCGUCGCUCAGAAGGCGGGCGCGCGCGCCCGAUCCCGUUUGGCGUUAGGGGCACCCACGGCGGCGGCGACGCUGGCGGCUGCGGAACCGCCGGCAGACGUUCCCGGCGGCGGCUACAGCCGAGCAGUUCGCGGCGGCGACGACGACGGGUCAGUGGUUAACGGCGAUGACGGCAGCAGCGGCGGCCCCAAAGCCUCACGUCAGCUGGCGGCGGGGCCGGCGGAGGUGGCGGCAGCUGCGGCAGCAGUACCAGGACCGCCGUCACCGCGGGACAGGAUGGAGAGUUUCCUCGAGCUGGUGAGCCAGCAGGUGGCGUCCACGGCAGCGCAACAGACGACAGCUGCCGAGCUAGAGGCUGAGGCUGUCGGACAGGCUAUGUAUGACCCGUUGCCGCCGCCGCCGCCGCCACUGCCGCCGGUGGUGGCGCUGGCCGCGCCAGUGUCGUCGAUGACCCAGGAGGAACAAGCUCAAGACGAUGUGGGGCAGGUCGUGCCUAUGACUUUAAUUCGACUGCCUGGAAGAGAGCUGUCCCUGGCGCUGGACGGAUCGCCGUCGCCGGAUGCGGCGGCUGUAGCGUCGCGUCCGUCAUCGACUGAAGCAGCGGUCGAGCCGCCGCUGCAGCUGCUACUUGAUCCGCUGCCGGCACCGCCUCUGGGCAGCGGCAACAUCUGGAUGGCGGGCCGCGCCGUGGGGCCUAUGUUUGUGGGGAACUAUGUUGGCGUGGUUUCGGGGCCGGGUCCCGGCACACCGGAGGUUUCGGAGCACUGCUGCGUGGUGUCUAAAAUUUCCCUGGAGCUUCUGCCAUAA